AUGGCUCCUCCAACUGCUACCGAGACUGUCACCCACACCGCUAAACCCCAAUCCCAAGCAGCGGGUGCGGAAAAAGCAGCCAUCAAGAUGCAAAUGCCCAGCAUGCCCGUAUUCGAAGACAAACUCGAAGAAAGAGACUAUCUCAAAGGCCGACUGGCAGCGGCAUUCAGAAUCUUCGGCGACAAGGGAUACGACGAGGGUGUAGCAGGCCAUAUAACCGUCCGAGACCCAGUGGAUCCAACAACAUUCUGGGUGAAUCCAUUCGGUACCGCAUUCAAAUUAAUGAAAGCCUCGGACUUGAUCCAGGUCGACCAUAGCGGGAAGGUGAUAGCCGGAGGUCCGAAUCGCAUGCUCAACGCUGCGGCUUUCAUGAUCCAUUCGGCUAUUCAUGCUGCGCGCCCGGACGUUAACUGCGCAGCGCAUAGUCAUAGUCUUCAUGGGCGGGCUUUCUGCUCACUGGGUCGACCGCUCGAUAUCAUUUCCCAGGAUUCAUGUGCUUUCCACAAUGAUCUGGCGCUUUACAACUCCUUCAAGGGCGUUGUGCUGGCCGAGGAAGAAGGGCAGAAUAUUGCCUCGGCGUUGGGGAAUAAGAAGGCGGCACUUUUGCAGAAUCAUGGAUUAUUGACUGUUGGAGGCACGAUUGAGGAGACUGUUUUUUGGUUCGUGAGUUUGGAGAAAUGCUGCUAUGCACAGCUUCUUGCCGAUGCCGCUGCUGCUGGACGCGGUGGGCAGACGGUCAAGAUUGAUGAGGCCGAUGCCGCAUUCACUUACAAGACGGUGGGGACACCCAAGGCUGGCUGGUUUAGUGCGAAGCCUUUGUUUGAUGUUAUUCAUGCGGAGACUCAGGGCUCCUAUUUAGAAUGA